GGAAACGAGUUAUUAGGAGGGAGUGGUGGAGCCGGGCCAGGCAGGAAGAAGCUAGAAUAAGAAACAUUUUUUGCUCCAGCCCUUUCCCAGUCCCGGGAGGCCACCGCGCCAGCCGCGCGGAUCGAGCCCUUCCCGGCCCCAGGCCGGCUCUGGACGUGAGACUCCAGCUGAGGACUCCGGGAAGGGGAGGCGGGGGUCCUGGCGCCCGGUCCAAAGAUCUCACGGCAUCUCCUCUGCUCCUGUCGCCAAGGACCAUGACCUUGGGGGUCUUCAGAAAGCACCUUCUGAUGCUGUUGGUGGCCUUGGGCCUAACCAAGGGAGACGUGGCGAUGACGCCCUCCGAGGAUCGGCUGUUGAACUGCACUUGUGAGAACCCACACUGCAAGGCGUCAACCUGCCAGGGGGCAUGGUGCACGGUGGUGCUGGUUCGUGAGCAGGGCAAGCACCCCCAAGUAUACCGGGGCUGCAGUAGCAUGAACCAGGAGCUCUGCUGGGGACGCCCCACAGAGUUUGUCAGCCAUCACUGCUGUUACAUACACUUCUGCAACCACAACGUGUCCCUAGUGCUGGAGGCCACCCAGACUCCUCCUGCGGAGGAGCCAGAAGCAGACGCCCAGCUGCCUCUCAUCCUGGGCCCCGUGCUGGCCUUGCUGGUCCUGGUGGCCUUGGGUGCUCUGGGCUUGUGGCAUGUCCGGCGAAGGCAGGAGAAACAGCGGGGUCUGUACAGUGACCUGGGCGAGUCCAGCCUCAUCCUGAAGGCAUCCGAACAGGGAGACAGCAUGUUGGGGGACUUCCUGGACAGCGACUGCACCACAGGCAGCGGCUCCGGGCUCCCGUUCUUGGUGCAGAGGACAGUCGCGCGGCAGGUUGCGCUGGUGGAGUGCGUGGGAAAGGGUCGAUAUGGCGAGGUGUGGCGCGGCUCGUGGCACGGGGAGAGCGUGGCGGUCAAGAUUUUCUCCUCACGAGAUGAACAGUCCUGGUUCCGGGAGACGGAGAUUUACAACACAGUGUUGCUUAGGCACGACAACAUCCUAGGCUUCAUCGCCUCCGAUAUGACCUCGCGCAACUCCAGCACACAGCUGUGGCUCAUCACCCACUACCACGAGCACGGCUCCCUCUAUGACUUCCUGCAGAGGCAGCCGCUGGAGCCCCAGCUGGCCCUGAGGCUCGCUGUGUCGGCGGCCUGCGGCCUGGCGCACCUGCAUGUGGAGAUCUUUGGCACUCAAGGCAAACCCGCUAUCGCCCACCGCGACCUCAAGAGUCGCAACGUGCUGGUCAAGAGCAACUUGCAGUGUUGCAUUGCAGACUUGGGCCUGGCUGUGAUACACUCCCAGACUAGCGACUACCUGGACAUUGGCAAUAACCCCCGGGUAGGUACCAAGAGGUACAUGGCGCCCGAGGUGCUGGAUGAGCAGAUCCGCACUGACUGCUUCGAGUCCUACAAGUGGACGGACAUAUGGGCCUUCGGCCUAGUGCUAUGGGAGAUCGCUCGGCGGACCAUCAUCGAAGGCAUUGUGGAAGAUUAUAGGCCACCCUUCUAUGACAUGGUACCCAAUGACCCCAGCUUUGAAGACAUGAAAAAGGUGGUGUGCGUUGACCAGCAGACCCCCACCAUCCCUAACCGACUAGCUGCAGAUCCGGUCCUCUCCGGGCUGGCUCAGAUGAUGCGGGAGUGCUGGCACCCCAACCCCUCUGCUCGCCUCACAGCACUUCGGAUCAAGAAGACAUUACAGAAGCUCAGCCACAACCCAGAGAAGCCCAAAGCGAGUCACUAGCCCAAGGUCGCUGGGCUUCCUCCACCUGAAGUGUGUGGUGGGGCAGAAGCCUGUCUGGGUGAUGUGAGUGUGUACCGUGCCCUAUGUGUGCCUGCCCAGCUUGGCCCCCAGCCCAUCCAGCCAAAAAUACAGCUGGGCUGAAAUUCGAUCUGCUUCCGUCUGGCCUGCUCAAAGUGGCCGGCUCUCUGACGCCUGGCUGGGCUCCCCAUCCCCGAGGCCAGCAGGGUACACCCCCCUACCACUCCCAGGGCAAAGGGGCCAAGGCAGGGAAUCCCUGGCCCAGGUCCUGGGCUUUCACUCUCCGCUACCCUCGGUCAACCUGACUCCCAUGGGAGCUGCCAGGAUAGCCCAGCGCCCUGUCCGGCUUCAGCAGACGCUCCACUCUGCUGGGGCUCAGCCCAAGAUACUCAGUGGCCUCAGUCUGUCUUGUGGGUGUUUAUUACUUCUACGAUGCCUUUCGGUCUUCCUGACUAGACCCCUGGCUAGUGUAUGCCAGGCUCUUGGGAGAGGUGGUACCCGAUCUUUCUACCCUCUGCCUCCUUU